CUGUAUAUCUUUGCUUUAGUUUAUUUAUCUAGCAUAUGUUCACUCUCAGACUCUACAGAAAUCUACGCUGGGAUUAGCUUGGGUGUUCUUCAAUAUUUACGAAACCGCAUCUGCGACGAUACCCCGGACUCAAAUCGCACCACGACCGACCGUGCAUGACGUUCGUUUGAAUCCCACGCCAUCUUUCCUGGGAAAUAUCGACCGAUUUAUUUGUGACCUGACCGUUCGAUUUGUCUGAUAUCAUUUUCGUGUGGAGGAACAUAACCAUCGCAACACUACCAGCAUGAGUCCUGUGGGUAAAUCGUCCAUGCUAUGGGCGCGAGAUGCCAUUUCCGACUUCAAAUCCGCGCCAGAGACCUUUUCCAGCUGGGACAAAUGUAUGGCCAAGUCCUACUGCAAAUGGCCCGUUAUCGUUGCAAUCAUUGUCGCUGCAGUCAUCAUCAUCGCUAUCCUGGCUUGUAUUAUCAAUUGUCUCUGUUGCGGCAUCCAAUGCUGCACCUCAUGCUGUCGCUGUCUAUCCUGUUGUUGCCCGUCGCCGCGGAAGAAUAAGGGUUCUCGGAAGCAAUACAUGGACGAUGAGUCGCCGUAUCAUCAGCCGCCGCCUCCUAUGCCACAAGCAACCGUCUAUCAGCCUCCUCCUCCCAUGGCUCCACCUACGUAUCGGGGUGCCCAGAUCGCGCGAUUCGAUACCCCCAGUAGCCCAGCUCCGUCCAAGACUGGGUUCAAGGUUAACGAGGAUGCUUUGCCUGAAAUGCCUACCUGGGAUAAUGCUCGGACCAGACGGGUCGAAGACACCAGCACGGGGGAUAUGGAAAUGGAACCGUUGAACCAGCCUCGCCGAUCCCCAUCUGCUCCUAGAUCCCCUGCAAGCUUCAUGGGCCCGCCUGCCAGAACGGGUACUACGCCUAGCUUCUAUGGUGAACAGAAUAUGCAUGCGCGACGCUCUCCGGGCCCGCAAUCCCCCCCGGCUGCUACUGCUCCGCUUUCGCCGUAUGAUGAGCCUUAUGGAGACUACCCGUAUGCCAUGUCACCGCCCGGCCCAACUCCAGCUCCAGCUCCAUACGCGCCUCGACAGUACACCCCGAUGCCAUCGAUCUCUCCAGCACCUGCCGCCUACACUCCUUCGCAAUAUACCCCCAUGCCCUCCGCUAUCUCCACCCCUGAUCCUGUACCUUAUCGCCAGCCGUCUCCUGGAGUUGCUGUGCCCUACCGUCAACCUUCUCCUGGCCCUGGUAUGCCAUUCCGCCAACCCUCCCCCGGCCCUGGCGUUCCCUUCCGGCAGCCCUCCCCCGGACCUGGCAUGCCAUUCCGCCAACAAUCACCUGCAAUGCCAUUCCGGCAGCCCUCUUCGGGAUUUCCCCAGCCACCAAGUUACCGCGGACUAUCGCCAGCCGCUUCUCCAGCGUCCCCACCGCCACCUUUCACCGAAACGAAUAAUGGCCCGGGCAGGCCCCCGAGUCUGUUGCAGAGUGGACGGAAGCCUUCAGUGAAUUUCUAGGGGGAUUUCUGAAAGUGAUCACAUCUGGUAUUAUUGAUUUUAUGACAAAGGAAAUUGUUCGUUAUGUUAUGGUUGGGUUCUGUAUGGGUUGUUCGGGCUCGGUGUCUGACUUCUUUUUCUUCGUUGUGAAUAACUUUUCUUUUCUCGGUCUUUAUUAGUCCUAUGUCUAUGUGCACAGGGUGCACAAAAUACCCACAUAGCACCCAUUCUCUUUCUAAGUCAUAUAUAGUUAUAGUACACGGUUUAAUCACUAAAACAAUGCUGUCAAUACUCCA